CGCCGGGAUAGAGGAGGCACAAGGACCCUGUGGCAAUGAAGAGACCUCAUGAUUACAGUUCCCCAGACUCGGACACGGACGAACUGAUCGAUGUCGGACAAGAGGACAGCUACUGCCCUGUCACUGGGUCCAUGUCUCCAGGCAGUACCUCACAGAUCCUGGCGCGCAAGAAGAGAAGAGGGAUAAUUGAGAAGAGACGCAGGGACAGGAUCAACCACAGUCUGUCGGAGCUCAGGAGACUCGUACCCAGCGCCUUCGAGAAACAGGGUUCCUCUAAAUUGGAAAAGGCUGAGAUUCUUCAGAUGACCGUGGAUCAUCUGAAACUGCUGCAUGCCAUGGGCGGUAAAGGCUACUUUGAUGCUCGUGCUCUGGCAGUGGACUACAGGACUCUGGGCUUUCGGGAGUGUGUUGGCGAGGUGGUGAGAUACCUCAGCUCUCUGGAGGGGGUUGAAUCCUCAGACCCCAUCGGCGCACGCCUCGUGUCCCACCUCAGUCACUGCGCCAGUGAGCUGGACCCUCUCCUCCAGAGCCCCGCCGCUCUGCCUUUCCCUCCUUGGCCCUGGCCCUCCUUUCCUCAGCUGGCGUCCACUUCAUCUCCAGCAUCGUCUGGGCCGUUUCCCCCAGCCACCCGCCGGGAUCUGGCCCCCCAUGCCACCGCCGCCUUGCUGGGCUACCCUUCACCGGCCCUGCGAGUGGGAUCUCUAAGCACCCAGGGGGCGAUAAUGAGCCCAGCGCUGACCCCGGUUCGACGACUGCCCUCUAUCCCCGGACAUCCACACAGACCUCAGCAGCACUCACCUGAUGGACCCACAAUCCCGUCUUCCACCUCAUCCUCCUCCAACUCCUCCCCUCCCCAGAUUUCCUUCAGACCCUUUGCCCCUCUGGGGUCUCCAGCCCCAGGUCGCAGGGGUUUGGGCAGCUCCAGUAAGUCUGGACAGGCCUGGGGCACAGAGAUUGGGGCAUUCUGA